CAAACUGUACACUAAAAACUAUGCAAGAAGGCUAACUUUUACUGUACCUCUUCACGUGUGCAAGGAACAAUUGAAUAUUGCUGAAGUCUAAUUUUCUCAAAUGAAAAUUCCGUCAUGGGCACUGUCCUUAGCUUCAAUCCUCGGGAUCGACACCCAGUAUACUCAUCACAGCACGACUUUCAAUACAAUAAGUCUGCUGACAUUAGAAACGAAAAUAUAAACGAUAAUGUGGGAUGUACCGAUUCACAUUUGAACAACUUUUCAUACGAGCAACUUAACAACGUUAAGAAUCGUGAAAAUAAGAAGACAUUGAGCCAUCAAACGUCAAAAAAUGGAAUCAUACAGCAAUCUUCUUGUGGAAACAUACAUUUUGGUAUGCCCACUCAGUUGAACUCGCACAACUUUAACAAUCUUACUCAUUCUUCGAAAGACACAAUUAAUAAUGACCUGGACACCCAUAAUGAAAAUACAAUAAUUCUAUCAGAGAAGAGCUCUAUUGAGAAAAAUCUUAAAAAACAUUCCUUAUUUAUAAACGCCCUGUCUUGGAAAAAACUAUCAUCGUCCCACAAUAAAAAGAAAAUUGAAAAUAAGAAUAAAUGCGCCAACUUAACGACAUCCAACUUUAAGGCACAGUUAUUGGAAACCUCUUACACUGCUACAUCUGACAAGAAUAAAAAUAUUCAGUUACAUUGUAACUAUAUUGAAGAGCAUCAGCCGCAUCGUUGUAACCAAAUUCAAGAAAUCCGAGAUCAAGCAUAUUAUUCAGCACCUCGGACCCAAAACAAGCCAACAACAACAAAAGAUCUUGUCAGGGAUAAUAACACAAAAUCAAUAUCCAAUCAUAAUAAAUUGAUUCAGAAACAGCCAAUUACUCUGACAUUGCCUCUGCAGACACAGCCUUCUAUAAUACAAGUGAAGAACAGUAAUCAGAUUCCACGUAAAACUGUUAUUCAGGCAUCUACUUCAGAGCUUUUAAAGUGUUUAGGAUUAUUUUUGCAUUACCGAUGUCAAAAGCUAAAAAAUUUUGAUGCUGGAGACGCCGUGAUGUGGCUACGAGCCGUCGAUAGAAGUCUGUUACUACAAGGAUGGCAGGACGUUGCUUUCAUCAAUCCCGCAAAUGUUGUAUUUGUGUACAUGUUAGUUCGUGAACUUGUAAAUGGAGAAGAAACCAAGGAGUCGGAGUUGCAAGCUUCUGUGCUUACCUGUUUAUAUCUCUCUUAUUCAUAUAUGGGAAACGAAAUAAGUUAUCCUCUUAAACCGUUUCUAGUAGAGGACUCCAAGGAAAAAUUUUGGGACAGAUGCCUUGUAAUAGUGAACAAGCUAAGCAACAAAAUGUUAAAAAUAAAUGCAGAGCCGGGAUUCUUUACAGAGGUCUUUACAGAGCUAAAGUCUUGCGGCCAAUUCCUUUCCAGCUCGACUAGAAGAUUGUCAUGUGGUGGUGCUUGACAGAAGAGCACUGAGAUCGUCGUUCGACUCUCACUAUCUGCACAACAGCAGAUAUUUUCAGAUAAAAGCAACCCAAAAAAUAAAACGUUCGAAAAAAAAGGUUUUUAAAACAACGGACAGUUUCACAAUGUUACUGUCACCGUCGUUCAAUUUCAAAUAAAAUAGCAACAGAAUAUAAAUGCAUGGAA